GAACAUGGUCUGACGGUACCCUUGAACAUGGUCUGACGGUACCCCCGAACAUAGUCUGACCGUGCCCUCGACCCGCCCAUACUCCACAGUCAAUGUAUGUAGCUUAGUCUCCCUUUUUCUGGGCAUCCUCUUCCUCUUCAUGGGUUAUCCUCUGCUGGUCUUCUUCCUCAAGCAGAACCAUACCAACAAGGGUGGACAUGGUCUAGGAGGUACUAAUGCCACCGGGCAGGUCCCAGACUUUGGCGGUCUACGAACAGGUCUUAUCGAUCCAGACACACCAAAGGAUGCUUACUCUAAGAUGAAUGUUGACGGGACCAAGAAGAUGAAUCUAGUCUUCUCGGACGAAUUUGAGCAGGACGGUAGGUCCUUCUACCCCGGCGACGAUCCUGUAUGGCAGGCCGAGGACCUGUUUUACUGGGGCACAGGAGACUUGGAGUGGUAUGAUCCAGCAGCUAUCACGACAAAGGAUGGAGCGCUAAGGAUCUCGUUGACUGAGCAUGUGUCUCACAACAAGAACUUCCGUUCCGGCCUUCUCUCAUCUUGGAACAAGUUCUGCUUUACCGGCGGCCGCAUCGAGGUGGCCGUCAUCCUGCCCGGUACCAACGACGUCUCGGGUUUCUGGCCUGCGGCCUGGCUUCUGGGCAAUCUGGGACGCCAAGGCUAUGGUGCUACAACGGAAGGAAUGUGGCCGUACAGCUACGACUCGUGCGAUGUGGGUACCCUGCCCAACCAGACCUGGCCGGCGGAACAAGGUGGCGGGCCUGAGGCAGCAGUCAGCGGCGGCGAUAAGCAAGGGCCCCUGAGCUAUCUUCCUGGACAACGACUAUCCAGAUGCACAUGUCCUGGUGAGGAUCAUCCUGGACCUCUCUUGUCCGAUGGCACACUCAGAGGUCGCGGCGCGCCAGAGAUCGACGUGUUCGAGGUCUCAGCCGGAAAGGCCUAUACGGCGUCUCAAUCUCUGCAGAGUGCACCCUACAACGCCAAAUACCGCUUGCCAACGACAGAUGGUGCAGUCUACUAUGCUCCAGGUCGUGCUGGAAAGAAUUCGUACGAAGGCGGCGUCUACCAGCAAGCUGUGUCAGGCGUAUCACAGUUCAAAAGUGACGCAUUUGAGAAAGAUGGAGCAGUCUUCAAUGUUAUGGCAGUGGAGUACAAGCCAGGCCUUGACGACGAUUCUUAUGUCGCCUGGAUGACCGACGGAAAACUUGCGUGGUCUGUCCACCCGCCUGCAAUGGCUCCUGACAAGCUAACGGAAAUCGACGUCAGGCCGUUCCCUCAAGAGCCAAUGUAUAUCAUCAUGAAUUUGGGAAUGAGUCAAUCGUUCUCUUGGCCAGAUUGGGAGAACUUAGAAUUCCCUGCUCACAUGCUAAUCGACUAUGUCAGGGUGUACCAACCAGAAGGAGAGGAGAAUGUAGGCUGCGAUCCACCGGACUACCCCACAAAGGAUUACAUUGACAGACACAUCGGAGCAUACACGAAUGCCAACCUGACGACCUGGACCGAGCCUAAAGGUCUUCGAGGCGGUUAUGGUGGAACCUUCCCCAAGAAUCGACUGCUGCACAAGUGCUGACGCGUGCACUAACUGCGUAGAGGGUUCUACCCCCUGCACCACUUGCAAGUCACCGAGACAGUGGUGGGACAGUCUUCUUAUCGAGCAACAAUCGACCCUCGCCCUGCUCGAUUGCUAAUCUUCCUGUCACUCGAUCCCUGCUGUCCACGUUACCCCCCUUCUUUAUCUGCGACGCUCCCUUUUUUAUUUAAUCAUACUGUUCCACUGCCGGUGCCCCACCCU